UCCCUCUUUUCUUUUACCUUUUUCCCUUUUUUUUUUUUUUUUAAAAAAAAAAAUUCCCGUUUUGAUUUUCCCAGACUGGGUCCUCCCUUUCUCAAGUCUAAAUUAAUACAUCUACCUCCCCCUCCCACACCCAUUACUCACUUCCUGCCAUCCCACCUUUCCAGGCAUAACUACACCUUCGUCUUACCUGGCCCACGUUUGCUCUACUGACAGCUGCAAAUAAGCAGCUGUUAGAAUAAGACGUCAUGGCUCUCAGUUUCUUCGGUGCCGGAGGCGCCAGUCACGCGAAAUACUUCGAUAUUCGUCUAGAUGAAGACUAUAUUGUCUUUCGAGGAGGUGAAGAAGAGGCUGCCAGUGCUCAUUUGAGUGGAAAGCUACUUCUCUGUCUCUCUGAACCUCUCUCCAUCAAGCACAUCCGACUCCACCUCACCGGCAUCUCUCGUGUCUGUUGGCACUUGCCUUCCACCACUGCCGGCGGUGGUAGAAAGUCCUGGAGGGAGAAGGUUUUCUACGAAAAGACGUGGCGAUUUAAAGAGGCGGGUAAGAGCAAAACCGAAGUUCUGCCGGCCGGCAACUACGAGUACCCGUUCGACAUCGUUCUCGAGGGUUCAAUGCCAGAGAGUGUUGAAGGUCUGACCGACACCUAUGUCACCUAUCGCUUCAAGGCGGAAAUCGGACGCAAAUAUAUGAAAGACAUCACCGUUCGCAGGCCUCUCCGCAUCAUUCGUACUCUCGAGGCCAGUGCCCUCGAGCUUGCCCACGCUAUGUCGGUUGAGAAUGUUUGGCCCAACAAGAUCGAAUAUUCUAUCAGCACCCCGACCAAGGCUGUCGUUUUUGGGACCAGCAUCCGUGUGGAUUUCAAGCUCAUCCCUUUGCUGAAGGGACUCAGAAUCGGCCAGAUUGUCUCUCAGCUCAUUGAGAGUCACGACCUCACCCUCAACCCUGAAGAUCCUGACUCGAUCCGCAACACCUACAAGAGUACUCGCACUAUCUUGAACGAUGAGCAUGAAGUUGACGAAGAGAGUGGCCUCGAUGUUAUCGACGAGAUGGCUGAAGGAUACCAGUUCACGCGUUAUCUGGACCUGCCGAAGACUCUGGCUCGCUGCUUGCAGGAUACAGACACCCGGGGCAUCAAGAUCCGCCAUAAGCUCAAGUUCCGUGUUCAGCUCCUUAACCCCGAUGGUCAUGUUAGCGAGCUCCGCGCUACACUCCCCGUCUCUAUAUUCAUCUCCCCUAACCUCGCCAUCGAUGAGAACAACAACUUGAUCGAUCAGACCCCUCAGUCCGCACAAAGAGCAAUCAGUGACAUCGCUCAGCAAGCUCCUCCCUUGUAUGGCGAGCACCAGUUCGAUCAGUUGUACAGCGAACUUGACCCUUCGGGUUACCGAACACCGGGACCGGGAAGUGGUCCUGGCACUCCUUUCGGAGCUCUUAGCCGCAACAUCUCCGUGGAAAACCUUGCUUCGAUGAAUGCGUUGACCAACACCGAUAUCUCAGCGUCUGCAUUGCAUAGCCGUCUGUCAAGCCUUCGUGCCAACCUACACAAUCACCCCUCGCCGCCUGAACACGAACAUCAUUCAGAUACUGAAACCCGCCGCCUUGGCGUUCCCCCCGAUUACUUCGGACCUUCUUCGGGGGGCUCGGGCUCAAAUUCCCACAGUCCCGCCAGUCCCGAGCUUUCCCGACGCCCCUCGGAUGAAGUCAUUGAUCACGACCCUAUUCAUUCCGGCAUGGCUACUCCCUACCAUCCCCAGUACGCCGAAGUCGAGACCCUCAGCCGUGUCCCUAGUUAUUCUACAGCCGUUCGUACCAGUGUGCGCCCGUGCGACUCCGGGCUGCCGGAUUAUCAAGCGGUGAUCGCCGAGGACGUUGUCUCUUCCACUCCCCAGUCCCCCCAGCAGGCUUACAUCCGCAGCCGUGGGAGCAACACAUACCUGCCUUCUUUGGACUCCCUUCAGACUCGUACUGGCUUUCUCGGCUCUCGUGCUCCCCAUCACGACGAUGAUGACCGACGCUUGCGUCUCGUUCAAGCUCGCGCCCGGUAAACCUAGGUCGCUUGUGAUCAACGACUCAACGUGCGUCUUUCGAAUCUUAUCACGAGACACGCAAAACUACGAUUCUGGGCGUGGCCGGCUCCCCC